AUGAGGUCACAAUCCAAGAUGGCGCUUCCCGUGCGGACUAACUUCAAACAUCUCUUCAGCUUCAUUCAAAAGUUUAAUUCUCCUAAAAGAUUCCUCUGCUCUGAAGCUUGCACGGGAAACAAGGAGCCUCCGGGAUGUGGGCGCGUAUUCUCUGGGAUCCAGCCAACUGGGGUGCCCCACCUAGGCAACUAUCUGGGUGCCCUGGAGAACUGGGUGGCCCUGCAGAACCAGUAUCCUUCAGUGCUCUACAGCAUAGUGGACCUACACUCCAUCACGCAGCCUCAGGACCCGGCACAACUCAAGAGCAACAUCCUGGACAUGGCAGCCAGCCUGCUGGCCUGUGGCAUCGACCCAGAGAGGGCAAUACUCUUCCAGCAGUCUCAGGUGUCCGAGCACGCUGAGCUCUCCUGGAUCCUCGGCUGUCUGACCAGCAUGCCCCGCCUCCGACACCUGCCGCAGUGGAAGAUGAAGAGCAAAUUAAAGAAUGAAGGCAGUGUCGGUCUCUUCACGUAUCCUGUCCUCCAGGCCGCCGAUAUUCUCCUCUACAAGUCCACUCACGUCCCCGUCGGAGAGGAUCAGGUCCAGCAUUUGGAGCUGGCUCAGGAUCUCGCUCGCAUCUUCAACAACCGCUACGGAGACCUGUUCCCUGAACCCAGCGCCCUGCUCAGCGACACGCGAAAGGUCAAAUCCCUCCGUGACCCUUCUUCCAAAAUGUCCAAAUCUGACCCCCAUACGAUGGCGACGAUUACCAUCACAGACUCCCCCGAUGACAUCGCUCUCAAGGUUCGACGUGCUGUCACCGAUUUCACCUCCGAGGUCAGCUUUGACCCGGAGACUCGGCCGGGUGUGUCCAACCUGGUUACGAUCCACGCCGCCAUGGCGAGGAUCAGUGUGGAGGAGGCGGUGGCCCAGGCCCAAGGGCUGGACACCGGUGCCUAUAAGCAGCUCGUCACCGAGGCUGUGAUCCAGAGGUUGACGCCCAUCAGGGAGGAGAUCCAGAGGCUGAAGUCGGACUAUGAUCACCUGGAGGGAGUGCUGGCCCGGGGGACCCUGAGGGCUCGGGAACUGGCAGCACCGGUCCUCACAGAGGUCCAACAGCGAGUGGGACUCUGCUGAGAGGCGGCUGGCAGCCACGUUAACGGUACACUGCAGGCCGUGCUCAGCAGACUGCUGCUGAGAUAGGAUUUAUUCCAGUGACUGUUUACUUCUCUGAGAUAUUUAACGUUGUAACACGUGAUGUGACUCAAUGUAAAAACACUCGACUGCAGAGAAACCGACUAAACUGAUUGACCAACAACGUUUUUGUUAUUUAGCCCUUUACGUUUGUCUCAUUAAAACGAAUGAGGAGGCUGUGUGUCUUGA